AGAUUGGUUCUAGGGUGAUGAGCACCGAAUGUGCUCCGGCUCGUCUCUUGCUCUGCCUUCGGUCGAAGCUCCUCACUUCCUUCUUCUCGCCGCCGUCGCCGACCGCCUCGUAGGUCGCCGCCGUCUCUGUUGACGGAUCUGCUCUGUUGGAUUCGUCUGCUCGGCAGGUGUUCUUGCUAUGCGUUCGGUCCUUCUGAACUUCUUUCCAGAAAGGUGAUGCGCACAAACUAUUUGCUAAUAUUCUCCAAUGAAAUUAAAGAUGAAUGUGUUGCUGAACUCUGCCUUGAAACGCUUAACGCUUCAAAGACUGAAUACCCAGCAUUCCAAACUACUUUCAACCUCUCUCUGCUCUACAUUGCAGCCUAUAUCUCCACCGCCUCAGCUGGGAGAGCUCUGCAGCAAUAUAAUGUCAAAUUUUGGUGGACUGGAUGAUCUGGAAUUGAGUCUAAAUAAGUUUAAGGAUUCUUUAACUUCAUCUCUUGUGGCUCAAACAAUAGAGGAUUGUAAGCAUGAGGCACAAAGUAGAAGACUGCUCAGGUUUUUCUUAUGGUCAAGCAAGAAUUUGAAUUGCAAUUUAGAGGACAAGGAUUAUAACUAUGCUCUCAGAGUUUUUGCUGAAAAGAAAGACCACGUAGCGAUGGGUAUCUUGAUUGGGGAUCUUAAGAAGGAGGGCCGAGUCAUGGAUGCUCAUACUUUUGGUCUUGUGGCUGAGACCUUGGUUAAACUGGGAAAAGAAGACGAGGCAUUGGGUAUUUUCAAGAACCUGGACAAGCACAAGUGUCCUCAGGAUGAAUUCACAGUUACUGCUAUCAUUAAUGCUCUUUGCUCCAAAGGGCAUGCUAAGAAGGCUGAAGGUGUAGUUUUGCAUCACAAAGACGAGAUUGCAGGCGUAAUGCCUUGCAUUUAUAGAAGUCUUCUUCAUGGCUGGUCUGUGCAGAGGAAUGUGAAGGAAGCUCGUAAAGUUAUCCAACAGAUGAAGUUAGAUGGGGCUAUCCCGGAUUUGUUCUGUUACAACACAUUUCUCAGGUGCCUUUGUGAGCGCAACCUGAGGCAUAAUCCUUCAGGACUUGUACCUGAAGCUUUAAAUGUGAUGAUGGAGAUGAGAUCUUAUAAGAUUGCCUUGACCUCAAUUAGUUACAACAUAUUGCUUUCUUGUUUGGGGAGGGCAAGAAGAGUAAAGGAAUCCUGUCGAAUUCUUGAAACAAUGAAAACUUCUGGUUGUGCUCCAGAUUGGGUAAGCUAUUAUCUUGUGGCUAAGGUGUUGUUUCUGAGUCGGAGAUUUGGCAAGGGAAGAGCAAUAGUGGACCAGAUGAUCAGCGAAGGUUUAGUACCAAACUGCAAGUUCUAUUACAGUUUGAUUGGCAUUCUGUGCGGAGUUGAGAGGGUUAAUUAUGCUCUUGAAUUGUUUGAAACAAUGAAGAGAAGCUCACUGGGUGGUUAUGGACCUGUUUAUGAUGCGCUCAUUCCAAAGCUUUGUAGAGGAGGACGAUUUGAGAAAGGAAGAGAGCUUUGGGACGAGGCUGUACGCACAGGCAUGUCUCUACAGUGCUCAGAGGAUGUUUUGGAUCCUUCGGUAACACAAGUUUUCAAACCCACAAGGCCAGAAAAAACCAGCCGCUUGGACAACUCGAAAACCAAGCGUCCAAAGAAAUCUACGGCUACAAAACGUUUCGAAAAACUAAGAAAUAUAAAGGGGAAGACUGGGAAAUCUUAUUUCUACUUGGUACGAAGUCCUAGUUACACUUAGUAUUAUGUAUGUUUCAUCACGCAACCAUAUAGAUAAAAUGAAUUGUAAUCCAGCCAAGGCAAUUUUUAAUGCGACAAAAUAAUCAGUAAUAUUUUUUCA